AUGGGUAUUGGGUACUUUGGGUAUGAUAAAUCAACAGAACAACGGCAGCACCCGCUGCUCGUUGAGGACAGUAACUGCAAACCGAAAUGUGCUUUCACGCCCGAGUCUCCAAAAGGCUCCAAUAACACCAGAAAAAGUUCAUUCUACACUGUCACAGCUGAAGAACAUGUUUGCAAGACUUUCGGCAGUGGGGUCAUUCAGAUGUUUAAUGGGACCAUGUUCCAUGUGAAUUCUACCUGCCCCAUGGUCAUGACCCACUUCUCACAUGGUGGAGUCGAUUCUUUUAUCUCGGUGCAGCGUAACACGACUGGUGUCAUCACAAAAGUUAAGAUCUUGGUAAAUAAAGUUGAGACCAUAAUUCAGAAUGGUGUGGUCACUGUGGAAGGAAAGAGGAUCUCACUUCCAUAUGACCACUUUUAUCAGAGUGUGUACAAUUAUGGCAUCUACACCAGACUUCAAAGCAAACUUUUCCCUCUUUAUCUUACCUGGUACAAUGUGUCUGAGAGUGUCACAUCACUUUGGGUGCAGCUGAACGGACCCUUAGUGGAUGGCAUGAUGGGGAUCUGUGGGAAUGCAAAUAGUUCAGAAACUAAAGCACAGCUUUUCACCAACAUCAUCUCUGAUGGAGCAUGUGUCAUUACUGAUUCUAAUGCUAACGAGGAUGCGGAGUGCGGGAGGUUUCGCUCUCCGGCCAGGCCUUGUCUGGCUGAACCUCAGUGUCCUGGAGAUCUGAGGUAUAUGGAUGAGGGUCUCGCUUUUCCUCCUUCGUGUUCCAGCCCUAAAGAGCAGACAGACUAUCGUGCCAGGACUUGUGUUCCCCCAAACGGUUUGGUGUUAAAUGACAGAGCUGAAGGUUAUCGUGCUGUUAGAGUGGAGGACUGUCCUUGUGUUUAUGGAGGCAAAACAUAUUCACCAGGUCACACACGCACCUCCAAGUGCCAAGAAUGUGUAUGCUCCAAAGGCAAAUGGAGUUGUUCAGCUAACCUUUGUCCUACCCGAUGUGUCAUCGAAGGCUGGUUUGUAACGACCUUCGAUGGUAUACAAUAUUCUCUGCUUCAGAAAUGUACCUACCUGGCUGCCGGGGAACAAAACUGGAGUGUGGCCAUCAAGUUUUCUGAGACAGAUAGAACUAUAGAGAAGCUCGUCUUUAGGGUGGAGAAGGAGGAAUACACAUUCUCUGUAAACAGUGCACAACUUGGUGAAGAUAAAAUCACUGAUCUCUCACAAACUGAACAUGCUACGGUCUUUUGGCAGUCCUCAAUGUUCAUCCAAGUUAAGACGUCUUUUGGGUUGAAGAUGCAAGUCAGAGUUUAUCCAGAAAUUCAAAUGUACUUAUAUUUGCCACCGACUACAAAAACCAAAGGUCUUUGUGGAACGUACAACAAUAAGACAGAAGACGACUUCACCACCAGCAGUGGGAUCAUAGAGAACUCACCUCAGCCUUUCGCUCUGUCCUGGGUACUUUCGCCAUGUGUGCCAAAUGAACCUCCAAUAUGCAACAGUGACACUGAGAUGUAUGCUGAGAAGAAGUGUGGCCAGCUGAGGAAUGUCAGUGGUGUGUUUGCCCGGUGCCACGACUAUGUUCCUGUUAACAUCUAUUUUGAUACCUGUGUUCAAAGAACCUGCCAGUCUACAGGUAAACUAGAGGAGAGUGUUUGCCUCGGUCUGGCAAACUAUGCUAAAGCUUGUGGCGGUCAGGGCAUCAAUGUUGAAGACUGGAGAGCAGAAACAGGAUGCACUCAAACCUGUGAAAGUAAUCUGAGGUUCAGUUAUGCGAUGAAGGCCUGUAACCGUACAUGCCGCUCAUUGACGGGCCCCGACCCGACCUGUGACGUGCUGGAUGACCCCGUUGAGGGCUGCGGUUGCAUGGUCGGUACCCACCUAAACAUGCCCCUUCAGUGCAGCCCUCAAGAUCUCUGCCAGUGCACCUAUCCUGGUGGAAUGACUCGUCCAGGACCAGUAAUGAUUAAAGGACAACAUUGCAUGUGUGAAAAUGGAAUUCUUGAGUGUUCUUCAGCCUGUGACUGUGCACAAGGAAAAAUAUGUGUAAAUUGUGGACACACACCAGUAAUCACAACUCAAAGGACGUGUGAAAGCCUGAGCAAGCCGUUUAGCAUGGAUGAGAGCUGUGUCAGUGGCUGCUACUGUCCGGACGGUCUGUUUGAGGACCAUAACGGCAUCUGUGUAACUAGGAAGAGCUGUACUUGUAAAUAUGGCGAUGUGGUUUACGCAUCUGGAGACCGUGUGGAGUCCAACUGUAAAACAUGCACAUGUGAAGGAGGCCACUGGCACUGUACGGGUGAGCCAUGCCCAGGAGCGUGUGAAGUGUAUGGAAACGGUCAGUACAAGACCUUCGACUCCAAAUGGUAUCGUUUUGAUGGGCAUUGUCAGUACACUCUGGUUCAGGAUGUCGGUGGGCAGUUUUCUAUUAAAUCAGAAAGUGUACCUUGUUGUGAUGAAGCUCUGACCUGCUCUCGCUCCAUCACAGUGGAACUCCAGAACGAGGUGAUUUUGGUUCUGCGUGAUAUGAAUGUGACUGAGAAGUUUCUGUCAGGCUGGAGUCUCAGUACUCAGCAGCUCUAUACCGUACACACCGUGGGUCUUUACUUCAUCAUCGAUGUACCUGCUAUGAAUCUCACUGUGAUCUGGGACAAGCAAACUCGAGUCAAAAUUGAGUUGAAGGCCAGCUGGAAAGGUAAACUGAAGGGUCUGUGUGGUGACUUUGAUGGGAGGUUAGUGAAUGACAUGACGACGAGAAGCUCCUCAGUGGUGUUCAACACAAUAGAGUUCGGCAACAGCUGGAAGGCGGCCGUGCCCCCCUGCUCGGAUGUGACCCAUGAAGUGUUUCCCUGUGAGCGCCACUCGUACUGCUCAGCCUGGGCACAGCGCCGCUGCAUGAUCCUACACAGUGACACGUUCAAAGACUGUCAGCAGAAGGUGGAUCCCGAGCCUUACUACCAGGCCUGUGUACUAGAGUCAUGCUCUUGUGAGUUUGAGGGCAAGUUUCUAGGAUUCUGCACAGCCGUGGCAGCAUACGCUGAAGCCUGCUCAGCCCAAAAUAUCUGCAUAAAGUGGAGAACACCCGACUUGUGCCCCGUCUAUUGUGACUACUACAAUGAAGAGGGUCAGUGCAGCUGGCAUUAUGAACCAUGUGCUCCUCGAAUCAACACUUGUGGGAAAAACAGCAGCUUUACUGGAAAGCUUGAAGGUUGCUAUCCAAGGUGCCCUGCCGAGAUGCCGUAUUUUGACGAGAACAAAAGAGCGUGCACCACUUUGGACAACUGCACCUGUUACCUCAACAAUACCAUGCUUGGACCUGGUGAUACAUUUAAUACACCUGAUGCAUGCUGGACAAAUUAUCUGCGACCACUGUACUACAACUACCACUCCAGUGCCUACAACUACAACUCCAGAGACUACAACUACAACACCAGUGACCACAAUUACCACUCCAGAGACUACAACUCCAGUGACUACAACUACAACUCCAGAGACUACAACUACAACUCCAGAGACUACAACUACAACACCAGUGACCACAAUUACCACUCCAGAGACUACAACUCCAGUGACUACAACUACAACUCCAGAGACUACAAUUACAACUACCACUCCAGUGACCACAACUUCAACUCCAGAGACUACAAUUACAACUACCACUCCAGUGCCUACAACUACAACUCCAGAGACUACAAUUACAACACCAGUGACCACAAUUACCACUCCAGAGACUACAACUCCAGUGACUACAACUACAACUCCAGAGACUACAACUACAACUACCACUCCAGUGACUACAACUACAACUCCAGAGACUACAAUUACAACUACCACUCCAGUGACCACAACUUCAACUCCAGAGACUACAAUUACAACUACCACUCCAACUACAACUCCAGGUACAACAACUACAACUCCAGUUACUACAACUCCAGGGACCACAAAUACAACUCCAGUUACGACAACUACAACUCCAGAGACUACAACUCCAGGGACCACAACUACAACUCCAGUGACGACAACUACAACUCCAGGGACCACAUCUACAACUCCAGGGACCACAACUACAACUCCAGAGACUACAACUCCAGAGACUACAACUCCAGUGACUACAACUACAACUCCAGUGACUACAACUACAACUCCAGAGACUACAACUCCAGUGACCACAACUACAACUCCAGUGACCACAACUACAACUCCAGAGACCUCAACUACAACUCCAGAGACUACAACUACAACACCAGUGACCACAAUUACCACUCCAGAGACUACAACUCCAGUGACUACAACUACAACUCCAGAGACUACAAUUACAACUACCACUCCAGUGACCACAACUUCAACUCCAGAGACUACAAUUACAACUACCACUCCAGUGCCUACAACUACAACUCCAGAGACUACAAUUACAACACCAGUGACCACAAUUACCACUCCAGAGACUACAACUCCAGUGACUACAACUACAACUCCAGAGACUACAACUACAACUACCACUCCAGUGACUACAACUACAACUCCAGAGACUACAAUUACAACUACCACUCCAGUGACCACAACUUCAACUCCAGAGACUACAAUUACAACUACCACUCCAACUACAACUCCAGGUACAACAACUACAACUCCAGUUACUACAACUCCAGGGACCACAAAUACAACUCCAGUUACGACAACUACAACUCCAGAGACUACAACUCCAGGGACCACAACUACAACUCCAGUGACGACAACUACAACUCCAGGGACCACAUCUACAACUCCAGGGACCACAACUACAACUCCAGAGACUACAACUCCAGAGACUACAACUCCAGUGACUACAACUACAACUCCAGUGACGACAACUACAACUCCAGAGACUACAACUCCAGUGACCACAACUACAACUCCAGUGACCACAACUACAACUCCAGAGACCUCAACUACAACUCCAGAGACUACAAUUACAACUCCAACUCCAGUGCCUACAACUCCAACUCCAGAGACUACAACUACAACACCAGUGACCACAAUUACCACUCCAGAGACUACAACUCCAGUGACUACAACUACAACUCCAGAGACUACAAUUACAACUCCAGUGACCACAACUACAACUCCAGAGACUACAAUUACAACUCCAACUCCAGUGCCUACAACUUCAACUCCAGAGACUACAACUACAACUCCAGGGACCACAACUACAACUCCAGUGACCACAACUACAACACCAGUGACCACAAUUACCACUCCAGAGAUUCCAACUCCAGUGACUACAACUACAACUCCAGAGACUUCAAUUACAACUACAACUCCAGUGACCACAACUACAACUCCAGAGACUACAAUUACAACUACAACUCCAGUAACCACAACUACAACUCCAGAGACUACAACUACAACUCCAGAGACUACAACUACAACUCCAGUGACGACAACUACAACUCCAGUGACCACAACUACAACUCCAGAGACUACAAUUACAACUACAACUCCAGAGACUACAGUUACAACUACAACUCCAGUGACCACAACUACAACUCCAGAGACUACAACUACCACUCCAGUGACGACAACUACAACUCCAGAGACUACAACUCCAGGGACCACAACUACCACUCCAGUGACGACAACUACAACUCCAGUGACCACAACUACAACUCCAGAGACUACAACUCCAGGGACCACAACUACCACUCCAGUGACGACAACUACAACUCCAGUGACCACAACUACAACUCCAGAGACUACAAUUACAACUACAACUCCAGAGACUACAGUUACAACUACAACUCCAGUGACCACAACUACAACUCCAGAGACUACAAUUACAACUACAACUCCAGAGACUACAGUUACAACUACAACUCCAGUGACCACAACUACAACUCCAGAGACUACAACUACCACUCCAGUGACGACAACUCCAACUCCAGAGACUACAACUCCAGGGACCACAACUAUCACUGCAGUGACGACAACUACAACUCCAUUGACCACAACUACAACUCCAGAGACUACAACUCCAGGGACCACAACUACAACUCCAGAGACUACAAUGACAACUCCAGAGACUACAACUCCAGGGACCACAACUACAACUCCAGGGACCACAACUACAACUCCAGUGACCACAACUACAACACCAUCAACCCCAGAAACUACAACAACGCCUUCAACACCAUCAACCCCAGAAACCACAUUUCCAAUAAGAACUGGGCCAACAAGCUCUGUCAUCACAUUUCCCCAAAUUGUACAGAUGUGAAAGGAAACUGGCCCAAUGGUGCUCAAUGGACAGAAGGCUGCAUUAACAAAACCUGCAACAAUGGUGAAAUCAUGAAGAGCCCAGUGUCAUGUCAAGAACCUGAUAAACCGACGUGCCCCAAAGGACAACCACAGCUGGUAAAAGAAGAUCAGGGCUGCUGUGACAUCUGGCAGUGUGAAAGAAAUUGUACAGACCUGAGAAGAAACCAAAACUGGCCCAGUGGUGCUCAAUGGACAGAAGACUGCUUCAGCAAAACUUGCAACGAUAGUGUUAUCAUGGCGAGUCCAGUGACAUGUCCAGAAUCAGUUAAACCCACGUGCCUCAAAGGACAACCACAGCUGGUCAAAGAUGAACAGGGCUGCUGUGAAACCUGGCGGUGUGACUGUCAAUGUGAGGUCUAUGGUGACCCACACUACAAUUCCUUCUCAAGCACUACCUUUGACUUUCUGGAAAAUUGCACCUACACGCUGGUGGAGGAAAAGACUCCACGUCACCAUCUCCGCAUCAGCAUUGACACUUAUUACUGCGAGCCGCUUGGUUCCUGCGUCAGGGGCGUAAUUGUGAAGUACCACAACAACACAGUUCUGCUUGAAGUGGAACCUGAAGACGAAGUGAAGGCUUUGCUGAAUCAGCAGAUAAUCCAGCCUCCUUAUAACCAGGAUGGAAUUAGGUUUGAGGGAUCAGAAAGGGAUAUCAGUGUCUACAUCGACAAGAUUCGCUCGUACGUCUCUCUCUCCAUGUUUAACACCCUGCGGAUCAAGCUUGCAAGCGAGCACUUCUCCCAGAACACCCACGGACAAUGUGGUGUGUGCGGUGGUCCUUCGUGUACACGCAGGGAUGGAACCAUCGAGAGCGAGAGCUGCUGUAAUAUGACUGCAUACGAGUGGAUAGAGGACGACCCUCAAAAACCUUACUGCCAACGGACCCGCCAAAAUGUCUCCUGCACUCCUGACAUCCCACCACCACCACCACCAACAAUCUGCAAAGCUCCACUCUGUGACAUCCUCAGACAUGAAAUAUUCAAAAGCUGCAGUCAAGACACUGACGUUGAGACCAUGGUGAAGAACUGCAAGUUUGAUUACUGCUUAAGUCAGAAGAACAUCACCGUGUGCUCUCCGCUGGAAAGUUUAGCUGAUCACUGCAAAAAGAGUGGCGUCUGUGUGGCCUGGAGAAACCUUACUGAUGGAAUCUGUGACAUCACUUGUCCUGAAGGAAUGCAGUUUGACGAGUGCCGCGACACUCCAGUCAAAGUCUGCCAUGGCGGAGUGGCAGAGAAUGUUACAGACAGCAUGAGAUCUGGUUGCUUCUGCCCAGACGAUCAGGUUCUUGCAGGAAAACACAAGCAGAUCUGUGUGUCAGAAUGCACAAACUGCAAAGGACCACUGGGAGAACCAAUGCCGAUCGGGGCGACAUGGGAGUCGAACUGCCACACAUGUACAUGUAAUAACCAGACCCGGACAGAAGAGUGCCAGCCAAAACCAACCCCUCCAACCCCCACCUGCAGACCAGGCUUCACUAUCACCACUGACUGCUGCGACAACCCGACAUGCGUUGAGAAGACUUGUGAGUACAAUGGAACAAUCUAUAAGGUGGGUGAGUCCUGGAAGGACCACACUGAUCCCUGUGUAACAUUCAGCUGUACCAGUGAAGGUACUGAGAUGCAGAAAAGCGUGUGUCCUGAGCAGAACUGUUCUGAGGAAUUCAGAGUGUGGGACAAGAAUCACUGCUGCUAUACAUGUGAAGUAUCAUGUCAAGUCAGGCUGACCAGAAUGAAAGUUGCCCUGGAUAACUGCACAAAAGAAGUGGAUCUGCCCAGAUGUGGAGGCUACUGUGACUCCAAAUCUCUGUGGGUGAGAUCUGGUGAGGUUCUGCAGUUGGAACAGGAUCAACUUUGCUGUCAGAUGGGUAACUAUGAGAUGAAGGAGAUUUCUCUGGAAUGCAGUGGAGCUCCACCAACCAAGUACAGCUACAAACACAUCACCAACUGUGACUGCAAAGUCUGAAACCUCUGAACCUCCUCACCACUUCUACAAUGAUAACCUAAUGAAAAGUGGAUCUAAGUUUGGUUCACAUGUGGAUCUGUUACAUGAUUUGAUUUGCAUGAUUUGUUUAGAUGAUUACUUUUUUCUGUAAUUGAAGUGAUUGAUGGUUUGAUCAUCUGUCUUUUCUGUUUUCUGCUGUAAUCAAUCUGUGUUCAAAAUGUUGAAGACUCUGGGAACAUUAAUGACUUUACAUUCAGGUGUUUUGCAUUCAAAGAAUCCUUUUCCUUUGAAGCACUUUAUGUUGGAAAUGAUCAUUUUCUGUUAAUGUGUAUGCUGAUGUAAUCACUCAAUAAAAUAUAUGC